GUGUAUCCCCCAGUUGGCUCUGACUGCGACAUUUUCGGCUUUUAUUUUGUGGCAGCUUCAGAGUAAUCAAAAUUUCGAUUAAAAUUUUUAGAGAACACCUGUCCGCGUAGAGACCGAGCUCUUUAGUCCUUUACUCUUUGGCAGCCAUGGCCUCCGGCAUAGACCUGACCCGCGAAUGUCGGCACGUGUUCGAGCAGAUCCGGAAGCUGAAGCAGCACCGUUACGCUAUCCUUUCCAUUGAGGAUGAGCGACAAAUCCGGGUGGAGUGUCUGGGGGUGCGGGAGGCCGGCUACGAGGACUUUCUUGCCGAUCUGCUACGUCCUGGCCUGAAUCAAUGCCGGUUCGCCGUCUACGACUAUGCGUAUCAUCACCAGUGCCAGGGCACCUCAUCCACCUGCCUGAAGGAAAAGCUGUUCCUGAUGCUGUGGUGUCCUUGGCAGGCACGCAUCAAGGACAAGAUGCUCUACUCCAGUUCGUUUGCGGUACUCAAGCGGGAUUUCGUUGGUAUCCAGAAAUGCAUCCAGGCCACCGAGCUGGACGAGGCCUGCCGGGAUGCCGUAGAGGAGCAGCUGCGCUCGCUGGACAGGGACUAAAGAGUCAAAUGGGUCAAGUAAUAACUAUAUUAAUUUGUUAAUAAAAAUUAUUAGGUUUCAA